AGAAAGGAGUGGCCGGGACCCGGAAGUGCGGGCUCACGUGCUCCCGCCCUCUCGGAGGCCUCGGAUAAGAAUGGCCCUGGAAGAGAAGAACAAACGGAAGAAAAAGAGGAGUGCGCGGGAGGGAGAGAACCCGGAGGACGGCGCUUGUGGGAAGCUGGCAGGAGACUAUGAGGUUGGACAAGUCGCCAGUAGUUUAUUCAACGGCAAGCGGCCCUCCAGAGGCAGCACGGGUCGGCUGGCUUCCCUCUUCGGCUCUUUGGAGCCUCAGCUUCAACCCGUGUAUGUGCCUGUUCCUGAAGAAACCACCAAAAAAAGGAAACGGGAUGAGGAGGAAGAAAGUUCAUCCCAAAUCCAAAGACCGCUUUUGCAAGAACCUGCCAAAAAAAUGAAACUGAAGAAAAAACUGUCUGAUGCAGACCGAAAGUUGGCAAACAGAGAAAAUGCUUUAGCAAUUGCUGAUUUAGAAGAAGAAAUUCACCAGAAACAAGGGAAGAAAAGGAAAAAUUCUCAAUCUGGUGUUAAAAUUGCCGAUAAAGAAGUACUUGAUGAUGUAGAUCACACAGCUGUAAAUCAAAGAAAGAAAAUUCAAACCAACCAAGAAGAGAGAUUAAAGAAUGAGAGAACUGUGUUUGUUGGGAAUUUGCCUGUCACCUGUAAUAAGAAGAAGCUGAAGUCAUUUUUUAAAGAGUACGGACAGAUAGAAUCUGUACGAUUUCGUUCUCUGAUUCCAGCAGAGGGAAUUUUGUCCAAAAAGUUGGCAGCAAUAAAACGUAAAAUUCAUCCUGAUCAGAAAAAUAUUAACGCUUAUGUUGUGUUUAAGGACGAGAGUGCUGCUACAAAAGCACUGGAAAGAAAUGGGGCCCAAAUUGCAGAUGGAUUUCGUGUUAGAGUGGAUCUUGCAUCUGAGACCUCAUCUAGGGACAAGAGAUCUGUAUUUGUGGGGAAUCUCCCAUACAAAGCUGAAGAAUCUGCGGUUGAGAAACACUUUCUGGACUGUGGGAACACUGUGGCUGUAAGGAUCGUGCGGGAUCAAGUUACAGGAGCCAGCAGAGGCUUUGGCUACGUGCUCUUUGAGAAUACAGAUGCUGUUCAUCUUGCUCUGAAAUUAAAUAACUCUGAACUGAUGGGAAGAAAACUCAGAGUCAUGCGUUCUGUCCAUAAAGAAAAAUUAAAACAAAAUUCAAAUCCUAGUUUGAAGAAUGUCAGUAAACCUAAGCAGGGACCUAAUUUUUCUUCAAAAAAUGCACAACAUUCUAAACCUUUGUUUAUCGGAGAAAAAGCUGUUCUCAUGAAGAAGAGAAAGAAAGGACAGAAGAAAAGUGGACGAACUAAGAAACAGAAAAAACAGAAGUAGCUAUCCGAAGCCUUUUCUUUGUUUUCCCCACUGACUUCUGGUAAUAAAAUUGUGGUAAAUCCA